AUGAAAAUGUCAUUGCAGCCGGUGAUUCGUUUGUUGUACAAUUCGGGUGUGGAAGAUGUGCAGUACUUACAUUUCUCUGCAAUUCAUAGCCCCGAAUAUCAUAUUGUUUUCCUCAAUGGUGGACUUAUUGGCCUAACUGUGGACCCGCAGCGCAUCGUAUCAACGAUACGAGCUGUUCGCCGACACGGACUGCUGAACGAGUUUGUUUCGGUGUCCACAAAUGCUGCCCAGCGAGCUGUUUAUAUAGCUAGUGACGGUGGCCGCCUUUGUCGACCGUAUAUAAUUGUGACGAAGGGGAGGCCGCAUGUUACUCAGGCGCAUAUUGAGGAACUGAAGAAAGGACAUAGAAUUUUCGAGGAUUUUGUAGACGAUGGCUUAAUUGAGUACUUAGAUGUAAACGAGAUGAAUGAUGCAUCAAUAGCUGUUUAUGAGCACCAAAUUAAAGCCCAUACGACGCAUCUUGAAAAUUGUUGA